AAGACUUAACCUGUUGGAGUCGUGUUAAAUUGUGGAUUUAUUCUUGCAAAGACGCCAGGGUUUUAGGUACGUGCUUGAGUGUCGUGGGUGUAUCUGUGUGCCUCACACUCAUAUGUACGUCGUUUUGAGGUCGAGGUCACCCGUGUUAUGUGUACACAUGCACAAUAGUGGGUAGGCCUACUCAGUUUUUCGUCCAGCAGCCACACAUGUGUCAACAUGGGCUUGUUUACACGUAAAUUGUUUGAAUAUAGCAGUAACCCUUGUUUGUAAAUAGGAGGGAUUAGAUGCAGUCAGAUCCCGUAGUCGUAGUGUGAGACAGAGAGAAAGACUUCGCCUCGGUGUUUCGCGCAAGACCUCAGAGUCAGAGUCACCCAAGCAGAACAAUCAGCAGCAGGCCACCAUACGACCAACAGUGCAGUAACAUUAAAAAGUUGCUUGUUUGGUAUAACAAGCUGUGAAUUUUGGAUAGAUGGCGCAUGUGCUGUCCAGUAGCAGAGACAGUCAGAAGGGCAUGUCAUCACCAAGUGUGUCUUCGUCAUCUGAGCUGAAUGAAGAAAGAAUACUGACCAAGCCAAAGAGGGAGCAGAAACGUCGCCCCAAGCCUAAGGACCGGUCCAUUUUGAUCUGUGGGGUGUGUGGUGAUAAGGCCCUGGGCUAUAACUUUGAUGCCAUCACAUGUGAAUCUUGUAAAGCCUUUUUCCGCAGGAAUGCCUUAAAAACAAAGUCCUUUUCCUGUAGCUUUGAUGGCAAUUGUCGGCUAGAUGCUCACACAAGAAAGUUCUGUGCUGGUUGCAGAUUAAAGAAAUGUUUCAACAUAGGAAUGAAAAAGGAGUGGAUUUUAACUGAUAGCCAACUAGAGAAGCGACGAAGACGAAACAGUUACAAGCACAAUGACCACCUGGUGACCUCUGACCAGGAGGAGGAUGUGCUAAACUCUGGUGGAGAAUCGGUGGCAGGUCAUGUGUAUGGGGAGGAGUCGGGCUCAGUGUCUGGAUCAGUGUCUGGAUCAGUGUCCAACAGUCCCCUGGAGGUGCUUGGCAAGAGUCCCCUUGGACACUGUGAUAAGGUGUGGAGUCCACUGUCAGACUCAAGCUCAGUUACCACCUCAUUUAGUGAUCCUGGAAAUUUAGUGAUUAAGACAGAGAAGCUAGGCUAUGAGGAUGACAUUAUUACACCACUGUCAGAGGAGACACGCUCAAACAUCAGCCAUAUCACCUCAACAUACCGUGCCAUCUUUGAUGCACCAUAUGAUGCAGAACAGUCGAGGAAGCUGCAGUCAAGUGUGCGAAGUGCUGAUGACCUAUUUAACAUGACAGAUGUUUUCAUUAAAAGACUGAUAAAGUUUUCAAAAUCCAUUCCAGAGUUCCGGGAUUUGAAGCAGGAAGAUCAAAUAGCUCUGUUGAAGGGUGGAGUCAUGGAGAUAAUGUAUUUACGUUCAGCCACGAGUAUGGAUAAGAAAAGGUUGUCCUGGGUAUUCAAAGACCAGAAUGUACAGCAUGCCCUAAAGACUGAUGUCUUACAUUCGCUUGGGGAUACGGGCUUUUCUAACCACAUAAACUUUGUCACCAGUCUCCAUCAGCUAUGUGAGUGUGACCCGAUCAUCAUGAUACUGCUGUUUGUCAUUGAACUCUUCUCACCUGAUCGUGCUAGCCUGAAGAACAAAACCCUAGUGUCCAGUGUCCAGGAGAAGUUCUCGCUCUGGAUGAAACUCUAUGUGGAGUCCAAGUACCCGCUGAGCGAGGCGCGUGUGCUCUACCCCAAACUUCUCAUGAAGCUGACGGAUGUGCGGUCGCUUGGGGAGCACAGCUCACAAAUGGCUGCCCAGCUGGAUAUAUCGCGCAUGGAACCCUUACUAGUGGAAGUGUUUAAUUUAAGUCCGUGAUUCUGAGGAGUUGCUCAAUGAAUGUACUGUUCAUCAAACCGCUGGGAGAGUCACUGAGAAUUGGUGGUUUGAUGUGUUGUUUAUGUUAGCCAAGGAAGUAUUUAUAGAAAUAUUUGUCUCACAGGUUAUGUUUCUGUUAAUUGGGAAGAAGAGCAGGCAAGAACCUCACCAAAUACAGGUUUAACUAUGUAUAAGUAGUUUAAACUUAUGUACAUGUAGGUGGGAGAAAAAAAGAGAUUAAGUGCCAAGUGACUCAAGGAUUAUGUUUACAGAAGACUUAUUGUGCUUCAGGUGAAAGGUUCACAGCUCUGCAAGCUUUAUUUCAUCGUUAUGAAGUGCCCUCUCCAAAUGAUAUUUUUUUGUACAUACAUGUAUUUGUUACCUGUGAAAAGACAUGUUGGUGACAUAAUAUGAGAGGCUUUCAGGUGAACCAGCCACGUGUGUAGUCUAGUUUAUAAUGAGAUUAUACAAAUUUGACAGGUAGUGAAUUAUAAACUUCAGAAUUACUGCUUUGCAUUUCUUCAUUGAUUUUGUUUUGAAUGAAAGCAUAACUUGAACACACUCAAAUGUACAUUCUGUUUUAUGUACACGUACUUCGUGUUGUACACGUACUUCGUGUUGUACACGUACUUCGUGUUGUACACGUACUUCAUGUUGUACACGUACUUCAUGUUGUACACGUACUUUAUGUUGUACACAUCUUGAUUUACUAAAACUUUGUAUCGUAACAUACUUCAGAUUCUCUAAUUAUCUCAUACUGUUAUAUCAUUUCCCCCACAAUUGAGUACAUGCACAUGUGUGUGACAGGUCCAUCAGUGUCUGAUUGUCAUGCUGUUAUACCAUCCCCCCACAAGUGAGUACAUGCACAUGUGUGUGACAGGUCCAUCAGUGUCUGAUUGUCAUGCUGUUAUACCAU